AUGCAUCAAGUUCGUAGAAAAGCCCACAGGAUCGCCUCUCGUGGUGGUAGCGAGUCCAACUUCAAUCCAUUCGCAAGAUCACACUCCAGAACACUGAGCGACACUGAGAACCAGAUUUAUCACACACGCUCGGAAAACCACAUACGGCCCACCGUGGAAGAGGAGCGACGCCUUGAAAGCCGGCAGACAGAGAAAGAGUUUGGUCCCCCCAGGCACGCCGACACUGCACCAACCGCGUCGCCUACUUCGACUGCCAUGUCACAUAACUUACCAGGACCUGUCGAGGAGCGAGAGGUUAAUGCGGGUAACCCAGAGGAAAGCAACUUCUCGACAAAUAACAGCGACAAGACUUAUAUCGAAACAAAUGGAGCACCAGCUGUCCAGAAACGCGCGAGGUUCAAGAACGCUUUCAAGAAGGGUGGCAAGGACGAGGGGAAUGAGUUGGAACGUGCCGAAACACCUGGACUCUCUGUUGAAGAGAGGAAACAUCGAGCACUUAAGAGGAAAAUCCCCGUUGGCAGCCAAAUUCGAGCGGUCCUUUUCUCUUCCUGGAUCAACGUCCUGCUUCUGUUCGUUCCCGUCGGCUUCGCGCUUUACUAUGCACAUAUCAAGAACGGCGAUGUCCCGGUUUUCAUCAUUAACUUCAUUGCCAUUAUUCCCUUGGCUGCGAUGCUGAGUUACGCGACCGAAGAACUGGCACUUAGAGUGGGGGAGACGUUCGGUGGACUUCUCAAUGCGACAUUCGGAAACGCAGUCGAAUUGAUCGUGUCAAUCCAGGCGCUCAUCAAAGAUGAAAUCGUCAUCGUCAAAACCUCGCUUAUCGGCAGUAUGCUGUCGAACUUGCUAUUGGUCCUGGGAAUGGCUUUCUUCUGCGGUGGUGUCAAUAGAAUCGAACAGCACUUCAACGUGACCGUGGCGCAAACUGCAGCCAGUUUGCUUGCUCUCUGCAUCGCCAGUUUGAUCAUCCCAACUGUUUUCCACGAAAUGCUUCUGGAGGAUGCCGGCCCUGACGGAAACAAGAACCAGUCGCUCUCUCGUGGAACGGCGAUCAUCUUGCUGUUUGUUUAUGGCUGCUACCUGGUCUUCCAGUUGAAGUCUCACGUCACCAUGUACAACGCACCUAGCCAGAAGACGCCUAAGAACAAAUCGUUUAAAGUCGAAGAGGGUAGCGCCUCGCGUGGAAUCGCGGCGAUUGGAGCCGGCACUGCAGCAGCAACCGGAGGCAUGAUCCACAGCGAUCGCAUCUUCAAAGAGAGUGAUUCGGACGACGAGGAAGACGACGAAUUUGAAGAGCCUUCGCUUUCGGUCAUCGGCGCACUCAUAACUCUUGCUAUUUCUACCACGCUGGUGGCUUUCUGCUCCGAAUUCAUGGUGUCUAGUAUCGAAGGUGUGACGAAGAGCGGCACGGUCUCUACUACCUUCGUCGGUCUCAUCCUCCUGCCCAUCGUCGGAAAUGCUGCCGAGCACGCUACCGCCGUCACUGUCGCCAUCAAGGACAAGAUGGACCUGUCGAUUGGUGUCGCCGUAGGAUCCAGCAUGCAGAUCGCACUGCUCGUGCUUCCAUUUGUCGUCGUCCUUGGUUGGAUCUUGGGCAAAGACUGCAUGACCUUGUACUUCGACACUUUCCAGAUCGCCUUGCUCUUUGUAUCAGUUCUGCUGGUCAAUUACCUCAUCCAAGAUGGCAAAUCUCAUUGGCUUGAAGGCGUACUUCUCAUGUCCUCAUAUCUUAUCAUUGCACUUGCGGCUUGGUUCUACCCGAACAUCAAGGAGACAGAGUGCUAG